AUGCCCAGCUCACAUUCUUCCUCAUCUACAGAAAGCCUGCACGAGGUACUCAAAGAGAAGUCGAGAGAUCACAGCGAUGUUCCACAUACCGAUACGAUCUUCAAGCAGCCCAUCAGUGAUGAAGAACAAGCCAAAGAUGUUUCUGAAAAGGAGCAACCAGAAUCGCAACAACCUGUCAACCCGAUGCAUCCAUCACAGUUUCCCGAUGGAGGUGCACCAGCAUGGCUCUGCGUAGCAGGUGCAUCAGCAUGUAUGUUCUGUUCUUGGGGCUGGAUCAACGCCGUCGGUGUCUUCCAGAAUUACUAUCAAAGUGGUCCUCUCAGCGAUUACAGUCCUAGUACUGUCGGCUGGAUUGUGUCAACAGAAGUAUUUUUCAUGCUCUUCAUGUCACCUUGGGUCGGUCUCUGGUUCGAUAACUUUGGUCCUCGAUCACUACUCGCUUGUGGUACUUUUCUGCAUGCAUUUGGACUCAUGAUGACUUCCCUCAGCACAGAAUACUACCAGUUCUUUCUCAGUCAGUCCAUCUGCAGCGCUAUCGGAGCCUCUAUGCUCUUCGGUCCUAGCAUGACUUGCGUGAUGACAUGGUUCUUGCAGAAGAGAGGAAUGGCAAUGGGUCUCACAGCAGCUGGAUCUUCUCUGGGAGGUGUCAUCUUUCCUAUCGUGGUCAGCAGGAUGAUCCCUCGAGUUGGGUUUCCAUGGGCGAUGCGGACGUGUGCAUUUCUCGUUCUUGGUCUGGGUAUCUUUGCAAAUCUUACAGUCAGGUCGCGAGUAACACCGGCCAAGCGCAAAUUCGAGCUUAUGGCUUUCGUUCGACCACUGAGAGAAGUGCCUUUCGCCCUGGUCGCAAUCGCAUUGUUCAUCUUCUACUAUGGCAUGUUCUUGCCAUUCGCUUUCAUCGUUGCUGAUGCAGUCCGACAUGGUAUGUCCCUGACUCUGUCGGAAUAUCUUGUCAGCAUCCUCAACGCCGGCUCUAUCUUUGGUCGAACACUACCUGGCAUCAUCGGUGAUAAAAUUGGCAGGUUCAACACCAUGUUUCUGUUCGCCCUCCUAACCACAAUUCUCAUCUUCGCCAUGUGGAUUCCAGCAGAUACAAACGCAAUCUUCAUCGCAUAUGCACCUCUAUUCGGCUUCGCUUCUGGUGCAGCCAUCGGCUUGACACCAGCUCUGAUUGCUCAAAUAUCUCCCAUCAGGGACAUCGGAACCAGAACGGGGGCUGUUUUUGGAAUCUCCUCGAUAGCAGCCCUAACGGGAACUCCUAUAGGGGGCGCGCUCGUUGAGAGGGAUCAUGGUAGUUUCUUGUACGCCAAGAUCUUUGCGGGUAUUGCUUGCUCCAUUGGUACGGGCUUUUUCCUUGCUUCCCGAGUCAGUCUGGUGGGGUGGAAGGUCAAGGUCAAGGUAUAA